AUUAUCCUUACAUUUAACUGCAUAAAAAGUAUCAAAGUUAGUAUCAGAAGGGCAAAAACCGUGAUAAAAUGUAAUCUCAGGGUCUGGUAUGUUAAAAAAUUUCUUUUUAAACUGAGAUAAUUAAUCUGGCUAAACCAAAACCAAAGGGGGGAAAUAGUAAUUUACUCUUUUCUUAUACUAUAUUUUAUUUUCAGUUGGCUUCACUCCACCUCCAGUUUGUCCAUAUCCUCAAAAUUCCAGCAUGACCUCCAUCACCCCACAUGAUACGUCUCUCUUCAUAAACUCUCUCUCUCUCUCUCUCUCACUCACUCUUUUAGAGAGAGAAAAACCCUCGAUCAACUAACAAUGUCAAUGCACGCAAAGACCGAUUCCGAAGUCACCAGCCAAACGGCGUCGUCUCCAACCAGAUCCCCACGCCGACCAGCCUACUUCGUACAAAGCCCAUCACGUGACUCGCACACAAACUCAUUCCACUCAACCCCGGUUUUAAGCCCCACCGGGUCACCGGGUCGCCACUCGCGCAACUCAUCCUCCACCCGCUAUUCCGGGUCGCUCCGACCCGGAUCCAGAAAGGCCAGUCAACAACUUCAGCCCCGUAAAGGUGACAAAGGGUUCGAUGCAAUUGAGGAAGAAGGAUUAGUUGUUGAUGAUCAUAAAACCGGUAUCCCUCGCCGGUGUUAUUUUUUGGCGUUUGUUGUCGGGUUUUUUGUUUUGUUUUCUUUCUUUGCACUUGUCUUGUGGGCUGCUGCUAAACCGCAAAAACCGGAUGUUAUAAUGAGGAGUAUAUUGUUUGAUGGGUUUGUGGUGAAUGCUGGAGCGGAUGCUUCAGGGGUUGCAACGGAAAUGGUGACGAUUAAUGCUACGAUUAAGUUUAAUUUUCAGAAUAGGGGUACGUUUUUUGGAGUUCAUGUGUCUUCGACGCCAAUGGAUCUUGCUUAUACGGAGUUAACACUAGCAUCUGGAACCAUCAAGAAAUUUUACCAGUCGAGAAAAGGUCACAGGCUAGUGAGUGUGAAUUUACAAGGGCGUGGCGUUCCAUUAUACGGUGGCGGUGUGAACUGGAGCACAAUGGACGGCAAACUGACUGCACCAGUGCCGCUAAACCUCAACUUCACGGUUAAAGCCAAGGCCUAUGUGCUCGGCAAAUUGGUCAAACCCAAGUUCCAUAGAAAGGUUUCUUGUGCCAUUGUGUAUAAGCCCACAAAGGUCAAUGUGCCAAUAUCACUCAAGAACUCUUGCACCGUUGAGUAAAGCCCAAAAUGCUGGAUUUUUAAAAAGGAAAUUCAAAGGGCAGAUCUGAAGAAGGUUAUUGGUGCAGCCGUUGACCUGGAACUAUGCUUGGUGUCGGUGGUGAUUGGAAACUUGAGUAGAUCUGGAAUCGUUUUAUUUAUUCAUUUUUUAAUUUUAUUUUAUAAUGAGAAAUGUAUGAUGAUAUUAAAGUACCACUACAUUAUGAUUCCUGCUUUUUUUAUGGGUAGAUCCAUGGCACUUGGAUGUUUGGACCAUUAGAUUUUACUUUAUUUUUAUUUUA